CCGGCAGGGAGGGGAGGAAGCGCAGGAAAUCUCGCAAUGGCUGUAUGGUCAGCACAGGGUUUCCUGUUCCUCUCUGGGAGCCGGAGCUGAGCCAGGUCCAGAUUGCACCGGCCCCAGCCCCGGGAGCACACCGGCGCCAACUCCGCGGCUGGGACCUCACGGCACAUACAGCCUUGUCCCACCAGGACCACGGUGCCAUGGGCUUCGGGCCGGAGCUGUGGUGCCCGCAGGGGCACAGCGCGCUGCUGCGGCUACAGGACAGUGAGCUGCGCCUUCUGGAGCUGAUGAAGAAGUGGAUGUCUCAGCGGGCCAAGAGUGAUCGGGAGUACGCGGGGAUGUUGCACCACAUGUUGUCGCAGCUGGAGAAGCAGGAGGGCUCUGGGCAGCUCCGUGCUGGUGACCACGGAGGCCAGAUUGGGGAGUCGUGGUGGGUGCUGGUGAACCAGACGGAGACACUGAGCCAGACCCUGCGGCGGCAUGCUGAGGAGCUGGCGGCGGGGCCGCUGGCCAAGCUGAGCCUGCUCAUCCGCGACAAGCAGCAGCUCCGCAAGGCCUUCAGCGAGCAGUGGCAGCAGCUCAGCCAGGAGUAUGCCCGGACCACCCAGCAGGAGAUGGAGAAGCUGAAGGCACAGUACCGCAGCCUGGUGCGUGACAGCACUCAGGCCAAGCGCAAGUACCAGGAGGCUAGCAAAGACAGGGAGAGAGAAAAGGCGAAGGAGAAGUAUGUGCGCAGCCUCUGGAAACUCUACGCCCUGCACAACCAGUACGUGCUGGCUGUGCAGGCAGCCGCGCUGCACCACCACCACCACUACCAGCGGGCGCUGCCCAGCCUCCACGAGUCCCUCUACAGCCUGCAGCAGGAGAUGGUCCUCACUCUGAAGGAGAUACUGGGGGAGUACUACAGCAUCAGCAGCCUGGUGCAGGAGGACGUGCUGGCCGUACACCAGGAAAUUGCCCGUGCUAUCGAAGCGAUCAACCCUGCCACUGAGUACAGCAGCUUUGUCCAGUGCCACAGGUAUGGCUGCGAGGUGCCGCCAGCCGUCACCUUUGAUGAAAACUUGCUGGAGGAGACGGAGAUCCUGGCACCAGGAGAGCUGCAGCUGAAUGAGCUGACUGUCGAGAGCGUCCAGCACUCCCUGACGUCCAUUGAGGAGGAGCUGGCAGACACCACGGAGACUGUGAGCAGCAAGGAGCAGCGGGUGCGGGAGCUGCAGGCUGAGAUCCAGGGCGAGGAGCAGGGGCUGAGACCUGGGGAGCGAGUGCACUUGCUGAGCAAGCGCCAGGGGCUGCAAGAGGCCCAGCAGCAGCUCCAGGGCUGCCUCUGCACCCAGGCCAAGCUUCAAGCGCAGCGGGAUGUGCUGGCCAACAAGCUGGCGGAGCUGGGCUCCGGAGACCCCCUGCCUGCUCUGCCCCUGCAGGAGGACCGGCACUCAGUCUCCUCCGUGGAGCAGGAACGCAGCGGGGCCACUGCACUGGAGACCCUCAAGAACCACAUCUCGGGCAUCUUCAGCCCCAAGUUCUCGUUGCCACCCCCCGUGCCCCUCAUCCCGGAGGUGCAGAAGCCGCUGUGCCAGCAGGUCUGGUACCACGGGGCCAUCCCACGCUCAGAGGUGCAGGAGCUGCUGAGCUGCAGCGGGGACUUCCUGGUGCGGGAGAGCCAGGGGAAGCAGGAGUAUGUGCUCAGCGUGCUGUGGGACGGGCAGCCCCGGCACUUCAUCAUCCAGGCUGCCGACAACUUGUACCGGCUGGAGGGGGACGGCUUCCCCACCAUCCCGCUGCUCGUUGACCACCUCCUGCACAGCCAGCAGCCCAUCACCCGCAAGAGCGGGAUCAUCCUGGCCAGGGCUGUGCCCAAGGACAAGUGGGUGCUCAACCACGAGGACGUGCUGCUGGGGGAGCGCAUCGGCCGGGGUAACUUUGGGGAGGUGUUCAGUGGCCGCCUGCGUGCUGACAACACCCCUGUGGCUGUGAAAUCCUGCCGGGAAACCCUGCCACCUGAGCUCAAGGCCAAGUUCCUGCAGGAAGCCAGGAUCCUCAAACAGUAUAACCACCCCAACAUAGUCCGGCUCAUCGGCGUCUGCACCCAGAAGCAGCCCAUUUACAUUGUCAUGGAGCUGGUGCAGGGGGGGGAUUUCCUGAGCUUCCUGCGCAGUGAGGGGCCCCACCUGAAGGUGAAGGAGCUGAUCAAGAUGACGGAGAAUGCUGCAGCAGGCAUGGAGUACCUGGAGAGCAAGCGCUGCAUCCACAGGGACCUGGCUGCCCGCAACUGCCUGGUGACGGAGAAGAACAUCCUGAAAAUCAGCGACUUUGGGAUGUCACGGGAGGAGGAGGAUGGUAUCUAUGCCUCCACGGGAGGCAUGAAGCAGAUCCCUGUGAAGUGGACUGCCCCCGAGGCACUGAAUUACGGCCGAUACAGCUCAGAGAGCGACGUCUGGAGCUUCGGCAUCCUGCUGUGGGAGGCCUUCAGCCUGGGCGCCGUCCCCUACGCCAACCUCAGCAACCAGCAGACGCGCGAGGCCAUCGAGCAGGGCGUGCGGCUGGACCCCCCCGAGCAGUGCCCCGAGGAGGUGUACCGCCUGAUGCGGCGCUGCUGGGAGUACGACCCCCGCCGGCGGCCCAGCUUCAGCGCCGUCCACCAGGACCUCAUCGGCAUCCGCAAGCGGCACCGGUGAGGGGCGGCCCCGCGCCCCGGGGCCCCCCGGGGCAGCAAGGGC